AUGUCGCAGGUUACGCCCGGCAAGGCAGAUGGAACCGACUCUCAGACGUUCUUGACCGCACUCAUCACCAACGCCAGUAUCCUCGCAAUUGAGGUCAUCGCUUUCGUCGUCUUGCGAAGCCGACUAUGGCGAAUAUACGAGCCUAGGACAUACCUGCCGCCUCCAGACAAACGGGCAGUAAGCUUGCCUGGAGGUUGGUGGAAGUGGCUGUUGGCCAUCGUUACGAUACCUACAGGAGACAUCAUGCAAAAGAACGGAAUGGAUGCCUACAUGUUCCUUCGAUUUCUUCGACUGCUCAUCAUACUAUUCGCUUCCAUCACGGUCUUGACCUGGCUCGUUCUCCUGCCUGUCGACACAGCUGGUUUACCCAACGCCAACUUCACUGACCGUCUAUCUCGGCUGAGCUGGGGAAAACUAAGCGAUACGUGGCUCACGUCGUCGUCGUCUAUAUCUCAACUUGCGAUCUGGACGCUCUUCCUGAUUCGUCGAGAGCUCGUCCAUUACACACUCAAGCGCCAUGAAUUCCUAACUUCCUCAUCGCACGCUACGCUCGCUCAAGCACGCACAGUUCUUAUCAUAAACGUUCCGCCAGAGAUGUGCGAUGAGCAUGAGCUCAGGCGAUGGGCGAGCUUCGUCCCUGGAGGUGUUCAGAACGUUUGGAUCUACAGGGACACCAGGACUCUCAACGGAGAUUACAAUGCUCGCCUGGAAGCCUGCCAGCUCCUCGAGCAAGCAACGUCCAAGCUCAUACGCAAGGUUGUUCGCGCGAAACACAAAGAGGAGAAGAAGCUCCGCAAGGACGGCAAGGCCCCUGUGCCGCUGCCGAAGCUGAGUGCGCCUGUGCUCACAAAGCGCGAGAGGACUCAGCACCUGGAUGCGUACCUGAUGCAGGAGCGCCGCGUGGGCCACGACAUCGUUGACACCGGACGCGGGCCGAGCCUCGAUUCAUUGCGCACUGCCGUUGGCGCAGAGAAAGAGAAGGCUGUGAACCCGUUCGAGGACGUCUCAUUGGAGAGUGUGCCUGCGAGCUCGGGAUCGCGCCAUAGCCGGACGAGAACGAGCAUUCUUGAGGCGGGGCAGCUGUCGCCUGGUGGUGCAUCGACUGUUGAGAAAGACGUGGGCAUAGAUGCAGAGGCACUCCUGGAGAAGUAUGCGCUCCCGAAGAAGCGGCCACACCACAGGCUCGGGUUUAUGGGUCUGUUUGGAAAGAAGGUCGAUACGAUCAAGUGGUGCAUGGACGAGAUCUCGAAGCUGAAUAAGAGCAUCGAGGAGAAGCGCGGCGCUCUUGCGCAGGCUGAUAAGAUGCCGAAGCCCUUGGGCAGCGCCUUUAUCCAGUGCAACCUGCAAAUGGGUGCACAUGUGCUAGCGCAGUGUGUCAGCUACCACAAACCCCUGAUGAUGGCUGAAAAGUUCAUCGAAGUCUCGCCAAAGGACGUUAUCUGGGACAACAUCGACGACGGCGCAUACGAGGCCCGGUUUCGCUACGUCACGUCCUGGAUGGGCAGCAUCGCACUCAUUGUUCUUUGGUUCGCGCCGGUCGCAUUUGUUGGCACACUUAGCAACGUCUCUACCCUCUGUCAGAAAGUCGCCUGGCUUUGCUGGAUCCGCAACGCGCCUACGCCCAUACCUGGUAUGAUCCAAGGUAUUUUGCCUCCGCUUGCCCUUGCAGUUUUGUUUGCCAUCUUGCCCUGGUUACUACGAGGUCUGGCUUGGUAUGAGAACAUCCCUCGAUGGUCGCUACUUUCCAUUAGCGUCUACAAGCGCUACUUCCUCUUCCUCGUCAUUCACGGCUUCCUCAUCGUCACACUGAGUUCUGGUCUGACAUCAACAGCUGCUCAGAUCGUCGAGAACCCGACUCAGGCACUGUCCUACCUUGCAUCUCAGCUACCAAAUGCCUCGAUCUUCUUCCUCACCUGGACGUUAACGCAGGGUCUGAGUGGCGCCGGAAGCGCUCUUCUACAAGUGGGCACCAUCUUGUUGUAUUUCGCCAAAAAGUGGUUCCUUGGUCGAACGCCGCGGCAGGCAUACGAGGUGACGUUUAUGAUGCCAAAGGCGGAUUUUGGUCUGGUGUUACCGCGCAUCUCGCUGCUUGCUACGAUCGCACUUGCAUAUAGCGUGCUUUCGCCCAUCAUCAACGGUCUAGCGAUGUUGUCGUUCUUGCUGUUCUUCAUGGCAUGGAAGUUCCUCUUGACGUGGGUAUUUGAUCAACCAGACGAAGCGGAGACUGGAGGUCAAUACUUCCCGCUUGCGAUUAAUUUCCUGUUCGUCGGCAUGUACAUCGAACAGUUCUGUCUUGCUGUCCUGUUCUUCCUCAAGAUUUCUAACGGCAUCUCAUUCCUUGCCGAAGGCGUCCUAAUGCUCUUUCUUAUGGCCGUGACAUUAUCUGCGCAAGUGUUGUUCCAGCGCAGCUUUGAUCCAAUUACUCAGUUCCUCCCAAUGUCGCUAGCGACAGAACAGCUUCAGAAGCGGUGGGAGAGCCAUAGGUUGCACAAACAUAGCGGCAGCCAGGAUUCCGAGAUGAAUCUCUUCAGUAAAAACGGUCUGAAGAUGGUGGUCAACCGUCACCUUGUGAAUCCGGUAGAGAAGCUCGCCAAACACGUCGAGAACAACAUGGCCAAGGUCGCUGAUAUUCAGUCCGAUGUCGGACACGGCAGCACGGAGAACGACGUCGCACAUGGAUCAACAUCUGCGUAUGACUCUGCAGGGCACCGCCGCCACAACUCACACCACCACGUGCACCACCACAACCCGCACUACAAUGACGCCCAUCAGGGGCACCAGCAGACGCACCACCGACGCACAAAGUCGACGCACCGCUCGGGCGACUCGAGUCUGACUAAAGCGCCGCGUCGGCUGCCACAGUUCGCGCCCGCCGCGCCAAAGCGCCCAGUCGCCGCAGAGGACGAGGGCGACGUCGACGAGGAUUUCGACGCACACGGCUUCGACCAUCCGUCCACGUACGAAGAACAGCCGUGGAUCUGGGUGCCAAAAGACGCACUCGGCCUGAGCGAGGUGUUCGUGCGCGAAUAUCGCACGCUGGGCGUCGAAGCAAGCGACGAGGGCGCGGUAAUGGACGAGCGGGGGAACGUCGAGGUCAAUCGGAGUCCGCCAGACGAGGAAUGGCAUGGUGGACACGACGCAUAG